AUGUGCAAGAGGCUAAAACUGCUACCCAGCAAACUUGUUGGUACUCCCCAGGCUUCAAAAUCUGAGAGUUGGGGUGUGGAAACAGGGGACUUGGUAGAGCUGCCUUUCCCAAGACCCGGGGCUGAGCUCUUCCUGGAAGCUGCAGAAGGAGCACCCUCCCCUUCACCUCUCAGAACCUCCUGUGUUGAGGAUCAGAAUCAUUUUUGCAUACGUUCAGCAGCAUUCAACGGAGCACACAGGUGCAGCCUUUCACAACAUAUUUUCCCAAGUUAUGCUCCUGCCUUUUUGGAUGAUGACCAUGACUAUGAGGGUCGUUCCCCAUAUCCUCUGACAGGCUCCCUUUCCCUGUGUCGCCGCAGCCCUCGACUGCUUUCCAAUGGUUAUUACAUUUUGACAGAAGACAGUUUGCUGUCUGAUGAAGAGGGCAACGUAACACUGACACCACCCCAGACAAACGUUACCUAUAAAGAGAACUUAGUUCGUGUAUUCAGGAGAAGGAAGAAGAUCCGUCGCUCACUUUCCAGCUUGUUCAAUCUUGGUGCCUCCAGUGCAUGGCUCAGCAGCACUGUCCUCAGUGAUGUGGAGCCCUCCCAUGUGGAUGAUCCAUGGACUGAUGAAUGCACGAAACUAGAAGCCAGUCAGAGUGAAACUGAUAAGGAAUUUCUUCAGCCUGAGAAACCAUUUUGUGCUUCACAGUCCUGCUCUCCAUUUAUGAUAAAAGCAAAGGAAGAGACUCAAAGCAAUGCAGAAUCCAGCACAGUGCAAAAUGUUCUUUCUCAGAUGGCUGCACUAAUCACGUGUUUAAUCAUUUCAGUAUGUACAAGGUAUUUUCUGGGAGGAUUGUCUGUCACUUUGUUGCUGAUAAUAUUAGUUUUUCUUUUGUCCCAAGAUGCUGCUGUGUAAUCUUUCUUCAGUCUUGAGACAUCUUUCCAAACAACUAAUCUUUGGUAA